CCAGUUCAUUUCCACCAUUUUCCAUCACCAAAAACUUAGAUCUUACCCAGACACGGUCCAGCGAGGACUCGAGGUGAAAAAUUAACCCUAAAGUCGCACAGGGCGACAUUCGGUCGCCAGCACAAGUGGCCAAUCCUAGCUAUCGGACUAGUGUCCUUUUUAUCAAUCGAACAAGAAGUAGCUCACUUUUGCUGCUAGUUAAACAGCUCGUAAUUCCUAAAGUUGCCUUCUACAGCGUUUUCCUGUGCGUGCGUGCCGUUGCUUGUGUUUGCUUUAUUGAGCUCGUUUCCCGUCUGCAAGAAUGUGUGUGAAAAAAAACCCAAAAAAUCUAGUGUCUAACCUAAUCGGUCAAUUAUGGUGCUGUCGGUGGUAAAUGUCUGCAUUUCUAUCGACCAGUAUGUAAAUUUCUACACCCCUCGACCAAUUCUAAAUCGAUAAUGGACAGGCGAAUCCGCGUGCAUACGUAAUUGAAGGUGCUGCAAAUCAUCGCCAACAAGUAUGUGAGGAUACUUGAGCCCGGAACUCCCCGCAGGGAGGUGUAUAUACGGUGACUCGUUACUGCACGAGUGAAGUAAUCCGCAUACUGCUGUCCCAUCGGCCAGCUAGCCAGUGGGAGGAAUAUUAUAUAACGUUGUUUAAUUAAAGUUGCAAAAACUAAUUCUUCGCUUGCUAAGUAUGCAAAGCAACGGAUAAAGUUUCCCCCACAACACGAACCCAUCCAUCCACCCAACCCUCCCUGCCCGUAACGUUUCCGUUCCAUCGAUUGAUGAGCCAGCGGCGGCGACCAUCAUGGCUCGCAAAAUUCCGUUCAAAGUGGUGUUUGCGUCAGACGAAGACUCGGACUAUCCGGCCAGCGAGCUAAACAGUCACAGCCCGACCGUGCACGGAUGGCGCUCCAAUGCCGACAGUUCCGUCAGUCCGAAGGAAAUCGUGCUGCGGUUCUUCCAUCCAGCUCGCAUCGUACGGAUACAGGUGCUGGCCCAUCAGUAUUACAUCCCCGAACGCAUCGAACUGUGGAUACACUACUCGAGCAAAAGUGCUCCCAGUACGCCCUCCAGCCAAAGCUUCGAGUAUAUGGGCUUUGUGGCACUGUCGGACAAUGCCAGCACCAACUUUACCUCGCGCGAGCUGCAAAGCGUGUCGGUCGCACCGAAGGUUGGUUCCCACCUAAAGCUACGCCUCGGACCAGCACAUCCGAACCAGUACAACAAGGAUAAUCAGGUGGCCCUGCUUGCAAUCAACAUACUCGGUGAGGAGCUAACGUCGGAAGAGCUGGCUGCAUCUCAGGGCAAUGUUACAUCGCUUCUGAACGCGAUACCGGCAAACAUCGACACGUUGAACAGCUCGCUAGCAUCCGCUUGUGACGAUCUGUCCUACUCGAUGUACGUGGAGGAGAGUAUCUGUGAGGUUGUGCGAAAGAUGGAGCUUCUCAAGGUGCAAGCCGUUCAAGACGAACGCUUUGAGUAUGCCCGAAAGCUGAAGCUAUGCAUGGGCGCUCUCCGCACGGCUGGUGAGCGACUCGGACGGUACGCACUGGCCAAACGGCAGGCAGUGCAGGCAGAGGACUUUACCACCGCCCGGUUACGCAAGGAGCAGAUCGAGAUGUACCGUAAGGCCGUGUUUGACCAGCUGCGAGUGGAGCUGCUGCUCCAAAGUGACAAGAGCGUCACGAGUAACGAUUCCUGUUCGGAGCUGUACGCUUCCAAGCCAACGUUGCCUUCACCGCCCAGCUUGCAGGAUGUGGCCAGUGCGCUAUCGGGCGACUCGACGCUACCGCACGCACACCACCUGCACACACAGGUUGGGCAGGAUGGUACGAAGCUACCGGCCGGUGAUGCGACAGACUCCACCGCCAGUAAUUCCACCACAACCACAGCAUCGGCGUCGAGCGGAGGUAGCACCACGGUAAAGGCGGAUGGACGUGUUUCCCAGCAAAGUCUUACACGUCCGGAGGAGAUAGCGCAGAGCUCGCCGCUGCUGAGUCACAAGGGACGAAGUCCGAUGCGAUCGCCCACAAACACGGGAUCGUUGCGACGGCGGAACAAAAGCGCACCGCGCAACAGCUACGAGGAUUACGAUGAGCGUGCGAUCCCUACUCUUAGUACCCACACGAAUGACUUUCUUCGGGAAUGUCAAGGAACGGCAAUGAUCGAGCAGGAAGGUGGAAAGAUUCGCUGUAAGCUGAACGAUCGCGAACGUCGCCAGGCAGCGCUCCCGAUAUUGAUCUUCGGCAUGGAGCUAGUUGAAUUGAUAUAUUCGCGUCAGUACACGGAUCGUGAGGAAGGAUUGAUAAGAUUGAGAGGCAUUCUGAAGCAUGAAAUCGAACCGGAGCCCCAGAUUCAAGCAGCCCAGGCUGGACCAAAUAAGAUAUGUCGUGGUGCAACACUGCUUUUACACCGAGGUGUCCGUGAUGCAGUGUUUUCUGUGUUUAGUCAAGCUACCGAGACGGUGCGGAGUUUGUUCAUGGAGUUCGUUCCCAAUCGAGUAUCCCCGAGCGAGGUGGCACGAUCAGUCGAUCGACUCUUGCCGGAGCUGCUGUCCAAGAGUGGCGAUCCAUCCGCGCGCGUUCACACACUAGCACAGCACACGAUCCUUAGCAUCGCGGCUUGUCCGGAGGUGCGCGAGCAACACCUCAUCGCACCGGCCCUGUCGCGCCCGGUAGGCAACGGGACGCAUCCCCGGCUGGCGCUGAGCCGCAUGCAGAUGCUGGAGCAGCUCGUGCUGAGCCAGGGCAUCUCGAACGACAAGCAGAGCGGGCUCGCCUGUCGAACGCUCUCGGAGGCCGGCUGCUCCGGCAUCCACCAUCCGGCCGAGUCGGUGCGAAAGGUCGCCGAGCGGGUGCUGCUGCUGGUGUACAAGGUGAACCCGCGGUUGGUGCGCAAACAGCUCCCACCGGACGAUGACAUCACGCGAAGGAAUCUGCUCUACCGGCAGCUGUUCGCUGAGUUCGACAAGAUCGAUCUGCAGCGCAAGAAGGAAAUGCUGGAGAACAAACAGUUCUGUGGACCGGUGUCGUUUGCCGGCAUCUGUUCGCCACCGAUGUCCAGCAGCUCGAAGAGUUCCCCACCGGUGGAGAUCCGCAACAAGAGCCGUUACGAUGGCCGCACAAUCGUCAGUUUCUCCGACACACAGACCGGUAGUUGGCAGUCUAGUUUCAGUUCCAUGAAAUUACAGGAUACCCACUCGAGCCCGGUACGGCGGCUGGACGCGACGACCGCCGGCAUCAUCAAGAGCAAGAGUGGACACGCCAUCGGGCACCACGGCCAGUGGGCAAUGGCAGACGCGCCGGUGACGAGUGCGACCGUCGAUUUGGAGAGCGCUCGGGACAGUAAUGGGGGUGCGUACUACGACAAGCUGGAACCGGUGGCCGGUGGACACUGCAAUGGGAAGGAUCGUCCGAAGCUGUCCCAGCACAAGACCGCCAUGUACGAUAGUACGAUCGGGUUUUUGCCUGGAACGGCGGGCGCGCCCGAGAAUGGCAGUGACUCACGCAAGAGCUCCAACUCGGACUCGUUCGAAGGCAUCGAGAGUGAGAUCCGUUGUCCGUUCUGUGAUUGGAUUUGCCAUGGAGAUCCCACCCAGCUAGACAAGCACUACUGGAAGGCGUGCCCCGUGUUGACGAAAUGUCCCCAGUGUAGUCAAAUACUGGAAGUGGCGGCACUCUCCGGACAUUUGAUCAAUGAAUGUGAGGCCAAAACCAGCUACUUGUCCUGCGAACGGUGCACAGAAUCGGUCCACAAGGAUCUCUACGAGUACCACCUGAUGGAGGACUUUUGCCGAGAGCUUACUACAGGAGCGGCCCGAUGUCCACUGUGCCACGACGAUGUGUUACUACCGCUGGAUGGUGGCUGGAAGCGGCACCUACUCAGCCGUGCCGGCUGCCUCGGGAACACUCGUCGUCGAGCUCCGACUCAGUGAUGUCGGCACCUCGUCCGGAAGUACCGAUUUUUCCCACUUUUUCAAUCAAAUAUUCCAGGUGCACGAUUUAGGUAGAAAUUUAAUGCAAUCAGUGCUGUUAGCGUAAAGCAGAGGCGGUGGCUUUUUCGGGCCCAAUCUUAAGAAGUAGCAGCAAGGGCCUCGUAGCCCGGUAUGAAGUUUAUAAAGAUACUACCUUAACAACGGAAAGACUUACGUGCUAAAGCAAUGGUUGGUUGGCAUUGGAUAUUUUAUGGCGCAUUCGUUUCAUUACCAUCGGGAUUGGCAGACGCUACUUCGCACAUUUACUGAGCUUCUUCGGGCGAAUGGAACCUCAACCAACACAUACACACACACAGGGCCACAGCUGUAACGCAAAAGACUUCUCUUAUUGCCAGUACGCCUAACGCAAUUGGUUGCUAAACUUUAACGAUAAAUCUGCUCCAAGCGAACCAAACCAAACUGUAUGAAAAGUGAACCCCACUCACGGAUGCUCUCACAGGAGAAUUGGAGCAGAAUUGAUAUUCUGAACGGCAAGAAGCAGUAUUUCGAACCAGCAACUCUCGACUGCAGUUAACCGGGAGUACACUAUUAGCAGUUUUACUAACAUACUUUUAUCGGUAGUACAAUUUUGUUGUCUAGAUUUUUUUAAAUGGCAAAUGACAGCGAGAGUACACUCACACAGACACACAAAUCAAACCCGCUACGCAGGUAUUGGAAGGCCACGUUAAUCCUCUAAUCAAUCGAAAAUCUACAUUUUGAUCUCACGGCCAUUCGGUGCCGGUAGUAGUGGUGAUACUUAAGUAUUGAGUACGUACACAAGAUAAGUAAUACAAUCGAUUUGUCCAGCUCGAAGAAUUUGGAUCAAGGUAAACUUAUUUCCCGUCCUUAAAAAAAAGAAAUCACCAAUAAAAAA